ACUCAUGACUUAGUUCAGUGAAGUAUUGCGAGUUCACAUUAGAUCGGACAAUGUUGAAAAUUGUUUUAAUAGUGUUUUGGUUAUCAUCUAACCAUUGUGGCGGGGUCGCGGUCAAUGAUUUACGAGAUUUUGGUGAAAAAGUGAGAAAUUUAAGCUUAGAUUUAUUAUAUUUCACGGAGAUACAGAAUGAAGGUCAAAUUGCAAUGGCACCUUUCACUGUAUGGAAGUUAUUUUCUAUUUUCGCGUUUGAGAGCUCAGGUGAGAGCUGGACGGACAUACAUUCGAUUAUUGGGAUCCCGAAAAGAGAAGGUCUUUAUUUUAACAAGCUUUUCAACUACGUAACUAACCUAUUACUUCAAAUAAGCCCCGGGAGAAUGCUAAGAAGUAGGCAAGUGGUGUUUUAUGAUUCAAAUCUUAAAUUGUCAAGGCAUUUUCAGAGAAAUAUAAGAAAUUCCGGGGCUCUUAUGAAAAAAAUAAAUUUUAAUGAUAAUGUUAUGGCCGCAAAAUUAGCAAACGAUUAUAUACAGCUGACAAACUAUUCGUUUUUAGCAAAGAAAAUUGUUUUCCACGAAACUGAUUUUAAAAAAACAUCAAUGAUUGUGAGUGGUGUUGUAGAAUUUAGUGGAGCCUGGUCCCUGCCUUUCCAUGAAAUCAAUACUGUUUUAGAAGACGGUCAUAAAGGUAAUGGAAAAGUAUAUAUGAUGCAUCAAUGGGCUAAUGUAAGGUACGCUGAUAUUGAACAGCUAGGAGCAUCGGUUUUAGAACUACCAUACGGAGAAGACAAAGAAUAUAGUAUGAUUAUAAUGAGACCAGAGGGAGACUUGAGCGUCACGGAUGUACUGGAAAACUUGGCUAAAAUAGACUUUUUAGAAGUUAUUCAUCGAUUAUACAGUGAAGGACUACAAGAAAUAGAAGUCAAACUACCAAAAUUCUCUCUAACAUCGUCUUUAUUACUAAAUGGGCCUUUGAACGCUAUGGAGAUGAGCAGCAUAUUUUUACGGGAUCGAGCAAAUAUUUUUAAAUACAGCAAAAGUAAUAUGUACAUAUCUGCGGUGGAGCAUAGAACUGAGGUCAUGGUUGCUGAAGCAGGAACCGUCGCAACUGCAUCAAUACCAGGUAACCUGACAAAAGACACUGAAACCUAUGGACUUGGAACUGCUAAACCAUUCCUAUUCUUUGUACUCCACGGACCUUCAAUGAGCAUCAUUUUCUGUGGGAAAUAUGGCGCAUGAAAGUACUUGGUGUUAGAUAAAUGAGACCUGCAAAACAACUUCAAACAUGUUUUUAUAAUCACUUUACUGGCGACGUAUAAAAUUUUAACGCUUCCGAAUAUAUUUAAAUAUUAUUUAAUUAUAAAAUAUUUUAAUAUUGUUUGUUAAAUCUCUUCUGUGUACACCGUCCUUCUAAUUUACAUUUUCCGUAUUUAUGCUAUGGCUUCAUACGCACUGGACAUUUAAUUUAUAUACUUUAUUAGUUUGACGUCUGUCAGGGAAUAAAUUAGAUGUUACAGAAAUUGUUCGCAAUGCUUAUUAUAUUCAUUACGAAUUUAGAAACCAAAAAUUAUUUUGUUGUAAAUUACGAAGGUUUAUACCUACAAAGUGUUCAUAGUACAUAUAAAGCUUGUUAAAAGUUAUUUUUUUUAAUUCUAUAUAUAAUUUUUAUCUUCUGAAAAAAUGUAUUUUUCAUUAAUAAUAUAAAAACAAUACUAAAUAAAAUGAGCAGUGCGAGUUGCAGAAAGACUACAGCAAAACAGACGGUUUUAGGUAACAUUUAAAAAUAUCGCUACACUUCCUUUCAGAACAUUAUUUGUAACAAUGUUGACACUGACCAAACGAAAUUCCGUAUAAAAUUAUGAUUAUAAUAUUUCAUGAAAGCUAUUCUCCUGUAACUGUUAACAGAAAGAUAAUAUAUUUAAAAUAUCAUAAAGGAUUUACAUCUAUAGUUUAUGUGCAUAAAAAUUCUCAAAAAAAAAACAAGUAAACGUUACAUGACAAUAUACAACAGACAACACAACAACAGUAACUUUAACUGUUGUUAGAAUCUGUGUCGUACAAAUAUAUUGAAAUUAUUUAUGUAACAUCUCAUACAACAUCCACAAGGAAAACAUCAUUUAUAUUUAUAUACUUUUCUAUAUUCGUAUAAUAAUCUAUUAUACUAAUUUUUAAUUACAACUAUUUAAAUGAAAAUAAAAUUAAUAUGUGAUACAUCUCUGUCGCAUGCUCAUUACAAUUAUUUUUAUAAGCGCAACUAAAAUAUGUUUUUCUGAACAUAUGUAUAGACAUAUUAUAAAGUUACAAAAAUAUUUUAGUAUAAAAUAACUUAUAAACACAUUUUUUAU